CAGUUCAAGGAAGGCAGUUCCGAUCAGCGUCAGCUCUCCCUGCAUGUUCGGCCCGUACCAUGGUGUUUCCGGCUCGGAGCAAACGGGGGGAAAAGGCACGUGCCGAACCGGCGAUUUUCAGUGGAUUGGUCUCUCAGAGAAGUCUGAAAACUGUGAUGGAGAAGGCAAAAAUUCACGUGUUCCUAGGCGCCCCGACUCUGCCUCUCGCAGUUUCGACAGGUCCCGAUCCGGACCGCGGCACGUGGGAGACCGCGGAGCUCUGCUUGCUGGGGAGGAGGCUGCAGCCCAAAGCAAGCGAACGUGGUCCUCGGGAAGGUGAUACUGGGCCUGGCGAUGCCAUCUUGGCGAACGAGGUCGGAAGAGAUUGUUUCGCACUCGCUAACGAAGGUUUCUUUAGGCUGAACAUCGAUCCCAGCGCCGUACCUCAACAAUGCCCCUCGUCUCCACGAGCAAAAGGGGACGUUGUGCAGACGGACGCUGUUUCGGAUGCGAGGGAAGCUUCACGAGAAAAGCACCCUGUCCUCAAUGAGGAGGACUCGUGUCCCAUUGCAGUACAGGAGUACCUGGAUAGCUCUUUUACCGAUCCUGAAUCGGGUCCAGAGCCAGCAGGGGCCUCGCCAAGUCCAUCGGUGUCUCUUGAGACAGAGUACCUGAGCUUGUGGACCAUGAGCCAGACGCUGGUGCUCAAGGGGAUGCUGAGGACGCACAAGGACCCCGAGCAACUCGGAACGCUGUGCACACCAGCCAGCCUUCCACUAACCCAACUGGAGAGCUCUCCCGAGCUGUACAGCCCUGGAAGCGAUCUCAUGGAGAGGGGGGGACCGGCGAACGGAGGGGCCUCCCAGGUGUUCCUGGACGCGCUGCGUGAGAGACAGGAGGAGGGCGGCGUGCAAUUGGAAGCCACGCCAGAAGGGCUCCUUUGCUCUCAGUACUCCCCCUUGGGGAAGAGAGAAGGGGUACCGGGCGAACUAGGAUUUACGAGGUCCGCUGACACGGGCACGACGGCGGCCUCCUCUCUUCAGACGUCCCCAGCGGCCCCGGUCUCCAAGAAGACCAGAGUGUCUCCAUCUGCGGUAAGGACUCAGGAGCCACGUGAUCGGACCAGGAGGAUUCCGGGACCGGUCCAGCUCCCCCCCACCACCCUUCUCGCCCGUUGUGUAACAAGGGGGGUGCCGUACAACAUCUUGGUUGCUGUGGUAUACCCCUGUCACCUGAAGGAGAUCAAACUGAAGUCAGGGGCCUGGGCAGGUUCCACCGUCCCCUUGGCAACCGUUGUGGUCACUGACCAGUCAGGCGUGGAGAGGAAGGUUGUGUUGUGGAGGACUGCGGCAUUCUGGGCCUUGACAGUGUACCCAGGAGAGGUGCUGCUCAUAACAGGUGUGAUGGCGAAAGAAGAUAGCUGGAGGAGGGAGUCGGUCCUGCAAUCCACCAGCUCCAGCACACUGCUGAACCUGGGCCAAGUCACUGGUGGAAAAUUUCCACGAGCCCCACACACCGUGAAUGGCCGCACCCUGGACUUACUGUGUGCUCAUCUGAAAGAGAAACACCCCUUCCUGCUAACCCUCCCCGCACGCGCCCCUCAGGACCUUAAUGCCAUCCCCCAUGUCCGUCUGGGAGCCCUGAAGCCUGAAACUCUGGUCCACAUUGUGGUGAGGGUCAGCCACGCGUCGACAUUCACAGCCUGGCGUGGAGAGGUGAGCGGCUCUUCCAAGACAGGGGGAGUGCAGAAGGCCAUGCUUACCGUGGUGCAAGGUGAUAGCCAACAAGGGGAAGUGGUGCUGUGGGGAGCGGCCAUGGCGUGGCUACCCCAGAUCCAGAGGAAUAGAGAUGCUGUGUGGGAAUUUAAGGUGCUCCUUGUAAAGGAGGACCUUGCAUCAGGAAGACUGGAACUGCAUUCCACCCCAUGGGGGUCAUGUGAGCCCCUCCUGCCCGGCGAUGACAAAGCGCGACAGUUCUGCAAACGGACUCAUCCCGAGAGAGACACCGUCAGCUUUGAAAUAGACCUGCAAACCCUUCUGUCGCAGAAAUACACAGGUGAUGUGCAGCUGAAGUGUCAGAUCACAGGUUUCCAGUUCCAGAGCAACCCCUCCCAAGAUGUCUCGCCACUAAUAAAUAGUGACACACCCUUGGAAGGGAUUCUGGAUGUGGUGUCUGGUGACAUCACUUUUGCUGGCUGUGGGAGGUGUGUCUCCAAGUUAUCCACGGACGCCAAUGGAAUUUACCGGCCCUGCUACCCCUGCCUGCCGUACACUGGUGUUCGCCGCUACUACAGACCUGCUCUGCUCAUGGUGAAGGAGGGGAUCAGCAAGGUCUGCAUCCAGGUACCACCCAUCCUCGUGCAGAAGAUCCUGCAGAACAUUCCUCCUGAGAAACUGAGCAAGUCUGUGGCGCCCUCCUCAGACAGACGGUUUGUUCACGUGGUAGCCGACGCACUUCAUUGCCUACUUUCUGUCCAGAGCACCGUCACCCUGACUGUGCACAGCCACUUUCUGUGUGAUGAGAACAGUGUCCCCAUCGUUCAAGACUUCCUCCUACUGGACAUUGACACCCAGGUGUGAUACUGCACUGACUGACUGAUCUUGUAGCUACACCUCUGUUGGCAGUCCUAGUAUAAAUUAUGGCGUGAACAGCUUUGCUCAGGUCAAAACACAUCUAUGUACAAUACUCAGAGGUUGGUUGUGUAGCACCACCCUCUGUUAACUUGACUAUAAGGGUGGUGCCCUGGGUUGUGUUCUAAAGACUAAAAUAUUCUAAUAUGAAAUGCAAGUACAUUUAUAAUACAAUAAACAUCCAAUUUAUUAA